CCCGGUCAGGAUGUCCCAGAAGCUUUGCUCAGCUCUCUACAUCCUCCUCUGGACCCCCCGCGGCUCAGCGCGGAGGAGACCGGGACAGAGCCCACCUCGGAGGGUCCGACGGGCCAAUCGGAGCCUGCGGCCCAGGGUCGGGUGGUCGUAUGUGACCAACCGGUGAGCCUGGAGCUGGAGCCCGAGCAGGCAGAGGAGGAUGCGGAGAGGCCACCUCAGGAGAAAGAGAAAGGUUGGGGAGGUUGGAGUUCAUGGGGAAAAUCUCUCCUGAGCAGCGCCUCUUCCUCCGUGGGUCAGAGCCUGACGUCGGUUAAGACCAAGGCGGGAGAAGCUCUGCGACUCCACAAGACCUCGGUGGGAGAGGAGGCGCAGGAACACGGGGAAGGAGAAGAAGAGGAGGAGGAGGAGGAGGGUGCCGAGGAAGAAAAGAAAGUGCGAGGAGGGGAAAGUGGAGCGGCCGAGGUGUCUGGUUCCGGGGAGACGAGCGUUAGUGCUGCAGCUUCGGGCAGGGGCGUCUUCUCGACCAUCACACACGCCGUGCAGAACACAGGUAGGUCGGUGAUCAGCGGCGGUUUAGACGCCUUGGAGUUCAUCGGAAAGAAGACCAUGACUGUCCUCGCCGAGACCGACCCGGGUUUCAAAAAGACCAAGACCCUGAUGCAGAAGACGGCAUCGCUGAGUCAGAUGUUGAAGGAAGCCAAAGAGAAAGAGCGGGCCCGUCUGGGCGACCAGCCAAUCAGCGCCCCUGCAGCUCACUACGGCAUCCUGUUCGACGACUACCAGGGCCUGCCGCACCUGGAGGCCCUGGAGAUCCUGUCCAAUGAGAGUGAAGCUAAGGUCCAAGCCUUCCUCUCCUCCCUGGCGGAAGAGGAGCUGGAGGAGGUAAAGAAGGAGCUGAUUUUCAUCAAGGACAUCUUCAUGAAGCAAGAGGAAGAGGAGAAAGAAGAAGAAGAAGGAGGAGGAAGGGCGAAGGAUAACGGUGAUCUAAGUUCCCACUCUCACUGUUCUACCGCCCUGUCAGCAGCCGGCGGCGGCGGCGGCGAGGAGUUUGUGAACGUUCUCACCGAGCUGCUGUUUGAGCUUCACGUCGCCGCGACGCCGGACAAGCUCAACAAGGCGCGCGUGAGGGCCCAUGAUUGGGUGAGCGAGGUGGAGCGGCCCGUCGCUGCGGAGACGGCUGACGGGGCAACGCGGGACCAGCCGGCCGGAGAGGCCUCACCUGGAGGGAAGGAGGAGGAAGAGGAGGAGAUGAGGAUGGAGGAUGGGGAGGCUCGGCAGGGGGAGGAGCAGCAGAAAGAGGAGGAAAAGAAAAAUGAGGCAGGGAGCGACCCCAGAUCUGUAGAGGCCGUCUACCUCUCAUCAGUCAGCAGCCUGGCAGAAGUGACGGCUCGCAGCAUUGAGCAGCUCCACAAGGUGGCAGAGCUCAUCCUCCACGGGCAGGACAUGGAGAAACCAGCCAGAGACCAGGCUCACGUCCUCACCAGGUUGACGUGUGCCAUGUGUAAGGAGGUGGAGUCUUUGGCCAAGAAGUUCUCAGACACGCUGCUUCUUGUUGGGGGCCGGAGGAAAGCAGAGGAGCUGAAGCCGCUGGUCGACGGCGUGCUGUUAGAGGGCUCAAACAGUACCAACUACAUCGAGAACGCGCUGCAGCUGCUGCUGCCCGUCCUGCAGAUCUCCCACAUCCAGAGGCAGCACUGUCGCCCCACCACAGAGCCAGUGGAACACACGCAGCACUAACACACACACACACACGCACACACUCACACACACACACUUUCUGCUCACCCGCUUGUCUUGAUGUAUCUAUUGUUGUACAGAAAACUAUGGAGAAUAGAUUAUUCCAGAUGAGGAGCUGAAUUGACAUUCUUUGCCAUAGAAAUAGGCAGAUGAUAGACACGUAAUAUAAUCUCUUAAGAGUUAACAACUACACGCGUGUAGAAAUGACUGCUGUGUGUGACUCCUCCCCGUUGUAUCUGUGUGGAUAUUUCGCUUUGUGACUCAUUCUGUUGUGACUAAACAAAGAUGUGCGUCGUGUCUAAAAGCCGAACCAAAAGGAGCAGUGCGUUGAAGGCGCUCUACAUUCACGUAAACUAAGCUCUCUUUGCACUUCUUUCUUCAACAAUAGGGAAAUGUAUUUUUGGCUGAAGAGCUUCAAUGUGGUUUCAGACUAAAUACCAGCAUUGAUGAUUAUACACUACAAAUUUUGCUUCUCAUGUUGAACUAUGUAAAGACACAAUUUACUCAAUUUAAUUUUUGGUCAUUGCGCAAUAUUAAGUUCUCCUUUUCCCUUGAUUUAUUGUUUACAAUGGAAAUGUAUUAUUUGUUCAUUCAUCGUUAUGUGUUUUGUGCUGCUACACUUAACUAGCAUAGUUCAGAAUUGUAGGGAAACAUGUUGUUUGCUUUUCUUGCUGAGAGUUAUAUAACAAGACUGAACUCUGUGCAGGGAGGACGAUGUAUUUCUCACUAUGUCAAACAAUGUCUUUAAUAUCAAAAUGGCAUGUCCUGCAUGUUGGGUCCUAACACUUUGAAGAAGGCAUGAGCCAGAACAUUUAUUUUCUUGUCCUCCUGAAUAAAGACUUUAAGUACUGUU